AUGGAGUCGGGUUCAGAGAAAAAAUUUCCUCUCAAUGCAAAAGACUACAAGUUAUGUGAAGAAAUUGGAGAUGGUGUUAGUGCGACUGUGCACAGAGCUUUGUGCAUACCGCUUAAUGAGGUAGUUGCUAUCAAGGUUCUUGAUCUGGAAAAGUGCAACAACGAUCUGGAUGGAAUCCGGAGAGAGGUGCAAACAAUGAGUCUGAUCAACCAUCCAAAUGUGUUACAAGCUCAUUGCUCAUUUACAGCUGGGCACCAGCUAUGGGUUGUGAUGCCUUACAUGGCUGGAGGAUCCUGUCUCCAUAUAAUAAAGUCUUCUUAUCAAGAUGGUUUUGAAGAACCUGUUAUUGCUACUUUACUCCGUGAGACCUUGAAAGCUCUUGUAUACCUUCAUGCUCAUGGACAUAUCCAUAGGGAUGUCAAGGCUGGAAAUAUUUUGUUGGAUUCCAAUGGUGCCGUUAAGUUAGCAGACUUUGGAGUAUCAGCAUGCAUGUUUGAUACUGGAGAUAGACAACGUUCCAGAAAUACAUUCGUUGGGACUCCAUGCUGGAUGGCUCCUGAAGUUAUGCAGCAACUACAUGGAUAUGAUUUCAAAGCAGAUGUAUGGUCAUUUGGAAUAACGGCACUUGAACUGGCACAUGGUCAUGCUCCAUUUUCCAAGUAUCCGCCAAUGAAAGUUUUGCUGAUGACCUUACAAAAUGCACCUCCCGGACUUGACUACGAGAGAGACAAACGAUUCUCAAAAGCCUUCAAGGAAAUGGUGGGUACAUGCCUGGUGAAGGACCCGAAGAAGCGUCCAACUUCAGAAAAGCUUCUAAAGCACCCUUUCUUCAAACAAGCACGUCCACCUGAUUACCUUGUUCGAACAAUUCUAAAUGGUCUUCCUCCAUUAGGUGAACGCUAUAGAACGAUAAAGUCAAAGGAAGCUGAUCUUCUAAUGCAAAACAAAUCUGAAUACGAAGCACACUUAUCACAGCAAGAAUACAUAAGGGGAAUUAGCGCUUGGAACUUCAAUCUCGAGGACUUAAAGAGUCAGGCUGCCCUUAUUUCGGAUGAUGAUAGUUCACACGCUGAAGAGCCCGAGUUCAACAGAAAGCAACAGGAUGAACCUGCUCUUUCCCCUGAAAGGGAUAGCAGCUCAGCAACAGCUCCCAGUCAAGAUGAAGAACUGAACGAUAUUCAUGAUUUAGAGAGUUCUUUCUCCUCGUUUCCAAUAAAACCUCUUCAAGCACUCAAAGGCUGCUUUGAUAUCGGUGAGGACGAGGAUAAUGCAACUACCCCUGAUUGGAAGGAUGCAAACUUGGUGAAUUCUGGACAACAGCUUUUAACAAAGGCAGCUAUUGGAUCUCUGGCAACGAAAGAAGAAGACACUGCAGCACAAAACUCUUCUUUACCACGUCAUGUCAUUUCCGAACAGAAAAAACAUUUGAGCGGUUCAGUUAUACCAGAGAGUACUGUCUCUCCAAAAAGAAUCAGUUCCGAUGCUGACAGGGAGUUUCAACAGCGUAGAUAUCAGACAGAGCGGAGCUACAGCGGAUCAUUGUAUCGCACCAAGAGAGAUACCGUGGACGAGACGUCAGAAGCUCCUCAUGUGGAGCACAAGGGUCGGUUUAAGGUCACAUCAGCAGAUCUGAGUCCCAAGGGAUCUACAAACACUACAUUCACACCGUUUGGUGGUGGUUCGAGCAGCCCGAGCUCCCUCAAUGCUACGACCGCCUCAAUCCUCCCAUCAAUUCAGUCGAUUUUGCAGCAAAACGCCAUGCAACGGGAAGAAAUCUUGAGACUAAUCAAAUUCGUGGAGUUAACAACCUCUGUCAAACCUGGAUCACCCGAGACAAGCGUCGAUGAGCUAUUGCAGACGCCUCCUGCAACGCUGCGAGAGAGAGAACUUCAGUCUCAAGUCAUGCUACUUCAACAAAGCUUUUGGAGCUUAACAGAAGAACUAAAGAAACAGAAGCAGAAAAACGGGCAGUUAGAGAAUCAGUUAAACGCAUUAACACACAGAAACGAUUGA